CUACCACUGGCUGCUCCAAGAAAAACAAAACACCCACUCCAGCCUGCUUGUGGUCAUACACUCAGUCUGGUUGCAUUUCGACCUAGACCACCAGAGCGGCCGGCUGCUAGCAGAUCCGGGAUUCCUUGUGCGUGAGAGUUCGAGAUGGAGGUGCGGGCGCAUGAGGCGACUGGCCGGAACAGGGGAAGGACGAGCGGCGGCACGACGGCGGCAAGGGUGGUGGAGAGGAAGGAGGCGGAGAGGGAGAGGAGGCAGCACAUGAAGGCGCUCUGCGCCAAGCUCGCCUCCCUCAUCCCAAAAGAACACUUCGCCAACCCUGAUACAAUGACCCAGCUAGGCAGCCUAGACGAGGCUGCGUCAUACAUCAAGAAGCUCAAGGAGAGGGUUGAUGAGCUGCGGCAUAGGAGGAGCUCUGCGCAAGCAAUGGCUGCCACAAGAGGGGCUAGUGGCGCCUCAAUACCAGCCACCACCCCUACCACGAGAGGCGGUGCGGGGUCACCAGAAGGAGAGAAACAUUGGGAGGAGUCUGCACCGGUGGUGGAGGUGCGGCAACACGACGUUACGAGCAUGCAUGUGGUGCUGGUAUGCAGCACACAGAGGCCUAUAAUGCUCCACGAGGUGAUCAGAAUCCUCGAGGAAGAAGGAGCCGAUGUCGUCAAUGCCAAUCACUCCGUUGCUGGUGACAAAAUCUUCUACACCAUAAACUCCCGAGCCUUAAGCUCGAGAAUUGGCAUAGAUGUUUCAAGUGUUUCUGAACGGCUGAGGGCAUUGGUAUGAUAGUAAAUUAAUUUGUGUAAAAUACAUAUAUAUCACACAAUUAUAUAGAAAGAG